AUGGAUUUAACUAAAAUGGGUAUGAUCCAGCUCCAGAACCCCAACCACCCCACUGCCCUGCUGCAGAAGGCCAACCAGAUGCGUCUGGCCGGGACUCUGUGUGACGUGGUCAUCAUGGUAGACAGCCAGGAGUUCCACGCUCACCGGACUGUGCUAGCCUGCACCAGCAAAAUGUUUGAGAUCCUCUUCCACCGCAGCAGCCAGCAUUACACCCUGGACUUUCUUUCACCAAAGACUUUUCAGCAGAUUUUGGAGUAUGCUUACACUGCCACGCUACAGGCCAAGGUGGAGGACUUAGAUGACCUUCUGUAUGCAGCGGAGAUCCUGGAAAUUGAGUACUUGGAGGAGCAAUGCCUCAAGAUCCUGGAAACGAUCCAGUCCUCGGAUGAGAAUGACGUGGAGGUUAACGUUAAUGACGGGAGCACAGAGGAGGAUGACGAGCGCAAAGGCCACAAUGGAGCCAAGAACUCAAAACAGCAUUCCACGGAGAGCCCCUAUCUGUCAGGUACCCAGCAGGUCUCCACCAUGUCCGGCAUGGUGGACCAGAGUCCCUCGGUCUCCACUUCCUUCGGCGUCUCCACCCUGAGUCCCACCAAAGCUGCUGUGGACAGCCUGAUGAGCAUCGGCCAGUCUCUGCUCCAGCAGGGCUUCGGCGCUGAACAAAUUGUCCAUGGCAACUCCCACCACCUGAUGACUGAGAUCAAGACUGAAAUGAUGCAAGUGGACAUGGGCGGCAACGGCCACGACAGCCCCCAGAACAUGGAGUCCAGUGCCUCCAGCAACGGAGAGCGAAGCGGGGAGGACAGGAACCGAGAUGGUCCCGGAACACCGACCAGGAGCAGCGUAAUCACCAGUGCCCGCGAGCUGCAUUACGUCCGCGACGAAGGCAUGGGUGACCAUCAAGCUGAAGUCAGCCAGAUGGGGCUGGAAGCAAUGGCUGGAAUGACGGAGAAACACCUGGCCUCGCUUUACGCCCUACCUGUCAAUCACAAAUCAGAUGCCAUCAUGUCAAUGCCGGCAUCCAUGGCCUCCGCUCUCCCCAUGUCCCCAGCCCUGGCUAUGUCUAUGGACUUCAGUGCCUACGGGGGACUCCUGCCUCAGAGCUUCAUCCAGAGAGAAUUCUUCAGCAAGCUCGGGGAGCUGGCAGUGGGCAUGAAACCAGACGGCAGGAACCAGCACGAGCGCUGCAAUGUUUGCGGUGCAGAAUUGCCAGACAACGAAGCUGUGGAGCAGCACAGGAAGAUGCACAGUGGAAUGAAGACCUACGGCUGUGAGCUGUGUGGGAAGAGCUUCCUGGACAGCCUCCGUCUACGGAUGCAUUUGCUGUCUCAUUCAGCUGGUGAGAAGGCCAUCGUUUGCGACCAGUGUGGCGCCCAGUUCCAGACAGAGGAAUCCCUGGAGGCUCACCGACAGAUCCACACCGGUUCGGACAUGGCCAUCUUUUGCCUGCUUUGUGGGAAGCGUUUCCAGACCCAGACGGCACUGCAGCAGCACAUGGAGGUCCACGCCGGCGUUCGCAGCUACAUCUGCAGUGAAUGCAACCGGACUUUCCCCAGCCAUACUGCACUCAAGCGUCACCUACGCUCACACACAGCGGGGGACCAUCCAUUUGAAUGCGAGUUCUGCGGGAGCUGCUUCCGAGACGAGAGCACGCUGAAGGGCCACAAGCGCAUCCACACCGGGGAGAAGCCCUAUGAAUGUAACGGCUGUGGGAAGAAGUUCAGCCUCAAGCACCAGCUGGAAACCCACUACCGUGUGCACACAGGUGAGAAGCCAUUCGAGUGCAAGCUGUGCCACCAGCGAUCCAGGGACUACUCGGCCAUGAUCAAGCACCUGCGCACCCACAAUGGCGCCUCGCCCUACCAAUGCACCAUCUGCCUGGAGUACUGCCCCAGCCUGUCAGCCAUGCAGAAGCACAUGAAAGGCCACAAGCCUGAAGACAUCCCCCCAGACUGGCGCAUAGAGAAGACCUACCUAUACCUCUGCUACGUCUGAGACCGGGAGA